GGGUGUGGUGCGGCGCGCACGCGCGCGGGGGCGCUGGCGUCGCCGCCGGCCAGUCCCGUGCGCGUCUCCGUGGCCGCAGUACCUGUGCGCGCCGCCGCACCGCCGCCGAGCCCUCUCCGACGACACGAUACAACCUCUCUAUGAAAUAACAAUGAUUUCCCACAUCGUCCCCCUCGCAGCUGUGUUACUAUAAUAGUUUAUGUGAUCGCCACCGGCCCAGUGCUCUCCCGGCCGCUCGACCGGUCCAGAUAGGGAAGCUGCGCCGGCCUCACGCCCGACUACAGUGGAAUGCGGCAAUUUUAACUACUGCGGACCCCGGGGACCCAUAUAAGAAUAGGGAUCGAACAUUUACAAACCGAGCAAUAAGGUACGAGCAAACACAUUUUUGAAGACACCAUUUUGGGUCGGUCGCGGUCGGAUGCAACGCGAGCUGGUGAUGCAUCAACGAUGAGUCGCCGCGCGCGGCCGUGACAUGGGAGCGCAGGCAUGGGCUGGCGCGCCGUGCAACCGCCGCACAUCGCCGCCGGCUUGCUGCUACUGCUGCUAGUUAACCUGCCAGUAACCUGCCACCAAGACCACCAAGAUGCCGUGCACAUCACGGCCAUCCUCGGGGAGAGCGUUGUCUUCAACUGUCAGGUGGACUUUCCGGAAGACAUCCCGGUGCCGUACGUGUUGCAGUGGGAGAAGAAGGUAGGCGAAACGGGACAGGACAUCCCGAUCUACAUCUGGUACGAGAGCUACCCGACGCACAGCGGCGAAGGUUACGAAGGCAGGGUGUCACGAGUGGCACCCGACUCGCCCUACGGCGCAGCCAGCCUCAACCUCACUAACAUCCGCGAGUCAGAUCAGGGUUGGUACGAGUGUAAGGUGGUGUUCCUCAACCGAUCACCGAACCAGCACAAAAAUGGCACAUGGUUCCACUUGGACGUGCACGCGCCACCACGCUUCUCCAUCACACCGGAAGACAUUAUUUACGUUAAUUUAGGAGAUGCCAUCAUCCUCAACUGCCAGGCGGAAGGUACGCCCACCCCGGAGAUCCUGUGGUACAAGGAUGCGAACCCCGUGGAGCCAUCCGGCACCGUCGGUAUCUUCAACGAUGGCACUGAGCUCCGGAUUAGCAACAUCAGACACGAAGACAUCGGGGACUACACGUGCAUCGCGCGCAACGGCGAGGGACAGGUGUCGCACACGGCGCGCGUCAUCAUCGCAGGUGGAGCCGUCAUUACUAUGCCGCCAACAAAUCAAACUAAGUUAGAAGGAGAGAAAGUCCAAUUUUCAUGUGAAGCAAAGGCCUUGCCCGGCAACGUGACAGUGAAAUGGUUCCGAGAGGGGGCGCCGGUGGCCGAAGUGGCAGCCUUAGAGACGCGGGUGACGAUCCGACGUGAUGGAGCCCUGGUCAUCAACCCUGUAGCUGCUGAUGACUCGGGCCAGUAUCUGUGUGAAGUAUCGAAUGGAAUUGGAGAUCCACAAAGUGCUUCCGCCUAUUUGAAUGUUGAAUACCCAGCUAAAGUAACGUUUACACCAACCGUACAAUACCUCCCUUUCCGGCUCGCGGGCGUAGUGCAGUGUUACAUAAAAGCAAACCCGCCUCUUCAGUACGUGACGUGGACGAAGGACAAGAGGCUGCUAGAGCCGUACCAGACGAAGGACAUUGUGAUCAUGAACAACGGCUCGCUGCUAUUCACGAGAGUUAAUCAGAACCAUCAGGGUCGAUAUACUUGUACGCCUUAUAACGCUCAAGGAACUCAAGGAUCUUCAGGCCCAAUGGAAGUGUUAGUUCGUAAACCACCAGUGUUCACCGUAGAACCGGAACCUCUGUACCAAAGAAAGGUGGGAGAGUCAGUGGAGAUGCACUGCGAGGCGCAGGAGGCGGAAGGCACGCAGAGGCCGAGCGUGACGUGGCGGCGGCGGGACGGGCUGCCGCUGCAGAAGAACAGGGUGCGCGCGCUGGGCGGGAACAUCACCAUCGACACGCUGCGAAGACAGGACUUCGGGAUCUAUCAGUGCGUCGCUUCUAACGAGGUGGCAACGAUAGUAGCAGACACGCAGCUGGUGAUCGAAGGGACGCAACCUCACGCCCCGUACAACGUAUCGGGAACAGCGACAGAGUUCCAGGUGACGCUGCGCUGGCAGCCGGGGUACGCGGGCGGGCCCGACUACAAGCAGGACUACACCAUCUGGUAUCGGGAGGCCGGCUUCUCCGAGUGGACUAAGGUCCCCGUCACGCCCUCUGGUGCUACCUUUGUCACAAUAAACCGGUUGCAGCCAGGAACCACGUACGAGUUUCAAGUGAACAGCAAGAAUACUAUAGGAGAAGGAAUGAUGAGUAAAGCUAUUACUAUAAGAACCCUUGAUGUAGGCGCCAAACCGAAGGCGGCACCCACCCCGGCGGGGCCUGUAGACGAAAAGAUAUUCCAAAACGCACCUGAAGGCUCUGGUCCGAAGUCGGGUCCCCCGCGGAACCUGACCGUGACGGAGGUGCACAAUGGGUUCCUGAUCACGUGGCAGGCACCACUGGAGCGCGCCCACUUAGUGCAGUACUACACCAUCAAGUACAGAACUGAUGCGCAAUGGAAAACGCUCAACCGAGGACAGAUACGGCCGGAGGAGACGAGCUACCUAGUUAAAAAUCUAGUUGGUGGACGUACGUACUACUUCAGAGUGUUGGCCAAUUCGCAAACUAGCUACGAGAGUUCUGAAGAGGUGAAGUUCCCUGUGCCGGCGCGGGUCAAGCACAAAGCGAUCACGGCGGGCGUGGUGGGCGGCAUAUUGUUUUUCAUAGUCGCCAUCAUUCUGUCCGUGUGCGCCGUGAAGAUCUGCAACAAGCGUAAACGUCGUAAGCAGGAAAAAGCAUACAACAUGGUAGCCGCGCGACUGACAGACCUCCGCGCCGCUGAUAGCACUCAAGUGCCUUUUAAGAAAUUUAGAGAACGCGGAAUAUCGAGUAUAGUGCAGUGUUUGCGGUUUACUGCUAACUGGGUGUGGCCGGCGUCGCGGUGCGGCGGCGAGGCGCGCUACUGGGUUUCGGUGCGGCGCGUGUCGCCCGCGCCGUCCGCGUCGCCCGCGCCCUCGCUGGCGCCCUCCUCCUCGGACGACGGUGGGUUCCUGCCGCGCCUGCGUGCGCCGCUGCGCCCCUCUGCGGCGCCACCAUUGUUCCGCGCCUCGUCGCCCGCACUCGCGCUUCACUGGCCGCCCUGGCCGCCUUGGCCCCCUUGGGCAGCCGCCUGGACCCCCUGGUCGCCGCUUCACGUAUCCGACCUCAGCUCUGUGCCCUUCCCGAGCUCGGCCGACGGCUCCUUUCCGACGCCUCCGUCUCCCUUUCGCCUAAGAUCACUGCGACAGAGUGCACACGACCCGACACGUACCAGUGCCGGCGUUCUUGCACGGCCUCGUACCCGGCCUCUCCCGCGGCAUGCGCGACCGCGAGCCGUCUCGGACUUACCGCCGCCUCCUCAUGAAGCCUCACCAGAAAGUCGCUCCUCGUCUAGCGGGUUCGGCAGUAAGAACGCAUCGUCCUCGCAACACAACCGUAGCAGCCGCACGGGCAGCCUGGCGGAGUGGCGGCCGCCCCCGUACCGGCCGCCGCCGCCGGCUCCCCCGCCGAGGCCCGGCUCGGGCGAGGUGGGCGACGCAGGCUCGGUGGACGUGCACUACGAGUGGGACCGAGCGACGCGGACACCGACACCUUCGACUCCGGAGAGGACACGCGCACGCCCCACACGUGACGACGUAGAAGCUCGGGUUAGGGCCAUGAAGGAAGAAUUCCUUGAGUUCCGCAAGCGCCAAGCGUUGCGCCGCCGCUCCCCGGAGCCGCUGGCCCCGCCACCGCCCCUGUCGCCUCUGUCGCCGUUGUCCCCGCUGUCGCCGCUGGCCGCGAUGGCGCAUUCGCCGCCAGCGCCGGCCGAGACCGUCUGCUAAAUACCGACUGUUUUCGAGCUGCGCACUCGAUAACAAUCUUAUUGCUUCCCACCGAUCCCCAAAUUUUAUAGAUCUGCGCUUAAUUUAUGACAUAAAUCUGGUGAAUUGAUAUUAUAAUUCCGAAUUUACUUCCGUAAGUAAAAUUUGUUUAAAAUAACACUUUUAGCUUGAGCAGAAACAUUAAAAUAUGGGGCAAGAAAAACCGAUGGUCAUAUGACUGUCGGUAGAAAAUUAUCGUAUUUAACAUAGCUCGAAAGCAAAACGGGGCCUAUAUGGAAGUAGGUAUUGAUUUGGUAUGUUCACUGUUUAUGUAGUGUUUAAAGAUCCCACCAGGUCACUGGCGUUACGACCACGCCGCCGGUAACCAUUAUUAUAUAAAAAUAGAUACUUAGAAAACGAUGACUUAAGUCGCACAUGGAUAUUUGCGACUGUAAUAAUGUACGUAUAAAAGUGGAUGCUGUGGCGUUUUUUGCUCGCACUGCUUGCUUUCCAUCUGAUAAAUGUCAAUUAUUUGUUCGGUGUGAGCACGAACAACGUUUAAUGAUUAAACGUGUAAAAUAUGACACAAAGUCACAUAAAUCAAGGGCACUUCCAUUUUGAUUCUAUUUAAUAUGCAUUUAAAUUACUGUUAGGUUAAUGCAGUGAUUUUUUUAAAGUGAUAUGAUCAUAACGUGCCAUAUACAGAUCAAAGUAUUGUUUAAAUAUAAUAGUAAAGUAAUGUGGGCAAUUGGUCGGCGUGAGCAGGCGCCCGGCGAGCAGCCAGUGCGAGAGACGAUCACCUUAACGCUUUAGGUAUGAGCGGGGAAGCAUCCACGACACCGCUCAUACCAACAUUAUAUUGUAGUUAUUAUUGUAACUAAUUACGAAUAACGAUUUACUAAAAGAACGCCCUUGACUGUCGGUCGAGUGUGCGACCAGUGCGUAGCCGAGAAAGCGCCAUGUUUAGUGACGGCCGCUUGCGUCUGCGCCAUAUGAGCUGCGCACUCGAGCGGCACUAAAGAGUGUUCGUUUAUAAUAUACAACAAAAUAAUCAUUAAGUAGAAUUUAGAAAUAAUUUAGAUCGAUACAAAACGAUUCAAUUCAGUUUUAUUUGAUACUUUUUUAAUUAAUUAUUAUUACUUUACAAGUACAAAUUUAUUUUUACUUUUUAUUUAUGGUAGUUACAGUAAUUUAAAAGGAUCAACUGUACAUAUGUAAAAACAUAUUAGAUAUUAUAUACAUUUAUUUAUUUAGGUGUGGUGUGGUAUGAUUGAGGUUCUGAAGAACUGUUUGCCAGUGCUUGUGAGGCACUAGACACUGUCACCAUUUAGACACUGCCGAUUUAGGAACUUCCCACGUUUAUAUUAAAAAUAUUCUCUUAUAUUGAUGACUUAUUUAUUUUUUUAUUGUUGUAUGGCUGAUUAACUUGUGACUUGACGUGUCAAUGCCCAAAGUAAUCGCAAAGGUUCAGUCAAUUGUUUUGGACUUUACUGAUUUACUAAGUUAGAAUUUCUGAAAAAUUUUGUAUGUAACUUUUUUUAACCUAUUUCUACAAUGAUCUAAGAGAACAAUUGUUGUCUGCUAUUUGACACGAAUAAUAUUAUAUGUCUCGGUUCCUUGAGUAAUCCCACCUAUAUAGUUGACCAGUCAAAACCAAGACUGUUUAGUAUUAUGUUCGUUAUUAGGUUUACUUAUGUGUCAAAUGUGCUCUUAGAUAUUUCCUUGCAUGCACGUUGCACUUUUUGUACCUAUUGUUUGUAAUGCUGAACUUUUUUUAUUCGAAUAUCGAGUUAAGGACCUCCUAAAAUAAGUAUAAAAAUGUACGCUUUAAAGAAAUUGGAAUAAAUUACUCAUAACAAAUAGAUAGGUAGGUAUAAUAAGGUGUAGUUAUUUAUGUGCGUGCAUGGAAGCGUCUGAUAUGGAGAAAAAUGGCGCGGUUGCGUCCAGCAGACGCGCGGCGUGUUGGGGCCCGGCGAGCGCGCUCCUCACCCCAACUUCAGGUCCUCCACGACACGCCACUGCAUGGCCAGUCAGUCCCCGAGCCCCUCGGCGGACCCGACACGCCCCGCGCUCUGUACAUCCACACUGUAACGUUACGGCACAGACAGCGACCAAGCGCAUCCUUAGUUCAGCUGACGACGGUGUAGACUUAAGCUACGUAUAACGACACAAUAGACCCUUGUUUUGUUUUUGUUUACUUGUUCUCUAAGUACCUUCCGCCAUAGCAUACACUUAGCAUAUUAGGAUCGACGAUUUGUGCAAUAAAUUAUCCACUGUUCAAUAUAAAUAAAUUAUAAUAUGUUAAAUAAUUAUGUAUGUAUAUGCUCAAUAUUUUCGACUGACCAACUGUAUAAAAAUAUUAUCGGUAUUUUCGAAAUCACGAUUGUUUAUUACAAUUUAUGCUUUGGUAUAGAAAUGGAUACUUUGCAAUGAUGAAACGACGAGUUAGACAAGUAUACAAAUAAGACGGAUAAGUAGUUGGGCAAGCUUACAUUGUGGCCGCGUGGCCGGAGCGCGGAGGCGGGCAGCUGCGGUCUGCCGAGUACCGGUGCCUCGCUCCUGCUUCUUGUAGUUUUCGUUGACCGUGGCGGGCAUAUCACCAAACUACGUAAGAAAUAAGAAAGAAUAGUCCUGUUUUAAAGUUUGAUCUUUUAGUAUCUAUAAUACUUAUAGAAAUGUAAAUAUUUGUUUGUUUGUUUCAUGUUAUUUGACGAGUGAUAUAAAGCGACCACAGAUAUAUGGCACGUAGGAGCACGACUACAUUCGAGUAGUUGCGUAGGUUUUAUAUUAUAAUGCCUAAAUCACUCGUUUAUCUGAAAUUAUAUUUAAAUGCGAUCAUUGUAACAAACAACCACCAAGACUUAAAAUUCAAUUAACGUGAGCUGUUCACAACGUAUGUACUUAGGUAUUAUUUUGACAAAUUUAUUAUAAUUGUACGUACAAGAGUAAGAAACAAGAGUAAUAUAUAUACAUAUAGCUCAAACCAUGUGAUAUCUAGUCUUUUCCAUUAUAAAAUUAUCCUUCCUUUACAUACUAAAGUUUUCAUUAAGAAUCGCAUUUUCACUUACUUUGACCUUUACAGACGAUUGCUUUGGAUUCCUACUGAUUACUGGCUUGCUCCACAUUAUUUGUCUGAAUGUUGUCGAUGUCACAGACUCACUGAUAGGUAGGCCCAAUUUCGAAGCACUUCCGUAACUUCAGCGGUCUAAAUACUCAAACUUUUAUCGUCCAAUUAUUUCUUAUACCUAAGUCAAAACUAAGAAGUAAAGCAUUGCUGAAAAAAAUAGCCCAAAACAUCAUUCGACAAUCUCUAGACUAAAAUGAAAAAGAUAGCAAUAUUUUAGAGUAAUGUAACUAAAUCGUAUUUAUCAGUUUGUAUAAAGGAAAGUAAGUAAACAAAGUUAUUGCACAUUGGCAGAAUGUAUUGCGGUGAAACAGGGCACCCAAAUCUUUAAAAGCUUAAGGCAUACCUAAUGCACAAUAUCUCAGCACAAUAAGUGAUAUUAUACUUAAAAUACUCGAAUAUUCAAAGUAUCAUACUGAGCACUUUAACUGUUACUCCAAUGAAUCCACAAUAAGUUUGCCUCGAUUGAAAACAAAAUAUGCACAAGCAACAUUUUUAUAACUCGAGUAAAUAUCCAUUUUCAUUUAUAGAAUAUUUUUAGUUAUAAGUGUUGAGAUCAUGUGUUUACUGUGUAAGCACAAAAAGGAUUCAAUUCAAAAAAUAAAAAUACAAUAACGUUGCUAUGAUUA